AUGCAGCGUCGCCUUUUACGUUCUUCCGAUUUCGAGUUUGUCUACGGCCAUGCCAGUGUGCUUGCUGCGUUGCAUUCACAGAAGCGACAACGAUUAAAGACCUUGUACCUGCAGUCAACAUCGCGGUCUUCGCCCGCCACCACCAAAAAGAAAGAUAGCACGCUUAUAGAAUCCAUUGUGGAACAAUGUCAACAAAGAAACAUCCCUGUAAUAACAACCAACAAAGGCGAAUUGAAUAACUUGACUCAAGAUAAACCACAUCAAGGAGUGGUGCUUGAGGCGUCUCCCAGGGCAACCAUCGAGGUAACCGAUCCAGGGAAUAUCCGACCAGGGUUUUGGAUUGCAUUGGAUCAGGUUCAAGAUCCUCAGAAUCUUGGUUCCAUCUUGAGAACAGCUCACUUUUUCGGUGUUGAUGGUGUGCUUUUAUGCAGCAAGAACAGUGCGCCACUUACGCCAAGCGUAUCCAAAGUGAGCUCAGGUGCUAUGGAAGUCAUGGACAUUUAUUCAACACGUAGCUUGGUGAAUUUCUUAAAGGCUUGUACCACCGAUCAUGGAUGGCAUACAAUGGCCGCCACAGCACCAGAACCAUCAGCUGUCGAUAUUGCCAAUAUCCAACAAAGUAUCUCAAAAGACAUACCCCGUAUGCUGGUACUUGGAAACGAAGGUCUAGGAUUAAGGACAAAUGUCAAGCUGGCAUGCAAGCAAAGAGUCACCAUACCCAAUACGUCAUCCAUCACAUCAUCAUCGCCUCAUUUCAAGGGACACGUUGACAGCUUGAACGUGGGUGUAGCUGCAGGCAUUUUAAUCUCUCAUUUAGCAAGAACAUAG